CAAUUAUUUCCUUUCCCUUCUUUGUUACCCAAAGUUAGAAUAAAUGAAACCACAUGAAGAUUAAGUUACAGAUAUUUUAUCUAGUAACCUCGCUGUCUGUAGUAGCUUUCAUGAUAUGAUUCACUUCAAAUUAUUAGCACGCAUGAGAACAGCACAAAAGUGACUGCUGCCCUACGAAAUUGUAGUGGUAAAGUGUGGAAUUCAAAGUGAGAGUCUUACCAGUUUGCUAAUUACAGUGGAGGAGAACAGAAGUAUACCUGUAACUUAAGCUGUCAUACCGAGUCCUAGUCAAAGAAGUCAAGCAUGCCUCGUUCAGAGAGUGGUAAUGUUCAAGAGAAGCAGCUUCUGGCUGAUACUGAAAAGGAGAAAAACCUGCUAUCUGGUAGAAGAAACCAUGCUGGAAAUCUGACUCUGCCUGAGAAGAAAGUCCAGGAGGCUAUCUGUGUGCUGCUGGUGGAGCUGUGUGAGAGGUUCACAUUCUUUGGCAUCGUCUGCAACAUGAUCCUCUUCUGCACCGUCAGACUUGGCUAUCGCAACUACCAGGCUGCCAUUGUCAAUAUGUGCUUUGUGGGCACCUCCAUGCUGACGCCAGUGCUGGCUGGCUGGCUCGCAGAGUGCCUUGUGGGACGGAUCAAGCUGGUGUGUAUCUGCAUGUUUCUACACUUCCUAGGCACAGCCCUGCUACCCGUUGUGGCUUUCCCUUUUGAAGAUAUCUACAUUGACAAACGGCAUAUUCUUCUUCAUACGCUAACGAAAAAGGAGCAGAAAAUAGUGUUCUACUUUGCACUACUCACAGCUAGCCUGGGAAUAGGAGGCAUAAGAGCUAUAGUUUGUCCACUAAGCGCAUACAACCUUGAGAAUUGUGGACCAAAGGAACUUCUUUCUUUUUUCAACUGGUUUUAUUGGCUGAUUAACUUAAAUUCUGCAGUUGUCUUUGUCAGCAUCUCUUAUAUCCAGCAGUCUGUGGCCAGAAAUCUUGGUUUUCUUAUCCCAUUUGUGUCUGUGCUUAUGGCCAUGAUCACAAUUCACAUGGUGCGUGGGGAAAUGAUUUACAAACCCAAAACAGACAGUUCCCUUCUGACUACUUUUGGGGUAAUUGCUAGUGCACUGAAAACCUGCUGUGUGCGGUAUCGCUACUUUAGUGGAGAUGUAUCCAACUGGCUAGAUCAUGCCAAGGAAUACUAUGGUGGUCGGUACAGUGAGACUCAAGUGGAAAGUACAAAAUCACUUGGCAGGCUCUUCCCAUUGUUUGCUCUCCAAAUUCUUUACAGAACAUGUAUUAUGCAGAUUCCGUCAGGAUAUUAUCUCCAAACUAUGAAUUCCAACUUGAACUUCAGUGGAUUUGUCUUGCCAAUUGCUGCGAUGAAUGUGAUAAGCAUCGUGCCACUACUGAUUCUUGUUCCAAUUUUGGAAUGCGUUAACUCGUAUCUCUUCAGUUCCAAGGGAAGUGGACAUUCUCCAACAAUUUACAUUGUUGCAGGUCAGUUAUCUGCUGCACUUUCUGUAAUGGUUGCUGGCUUCUCUGAAAUACACCGAAAGCAUUUCCCUCAGGUGGAACAGACUCUUUCUGAGGAGGUUCUCCUGGUCUCCUCCAUGCCUUGCUUCCACUUAGCUCCUCAGUACAUCUUGCUUGGAGUGGCUGAAGCCUUGGUAACUCCCUCCUGUUCAUUGCUAUCAUUCUGGCUUGUACCAGAAAGAAUUCGAGGAAUUUCCAUGCAUUUUUUAACUCUCUUCAAUGGAGCUGGCUGCUUUAUGGGCGCUCUCUUUGUUCAGACAGCCCACACAGGCACUCAAGGCAGCUGGUUUCCACACUUGCUACAUGAAGGUAAAUUGGAGAGAUUCUUCUUCUUCUUGGCUUCCUUGAUGAUGGUGAACACCAUCUGGUUCUGGACUAUUGCACACAGAUACAGCAAUCUGAACCAGGAGUAUACCAGUGAGUUCAGAGGAAGCCUUUCUGAGGAAAAAGAAGUCUUUCUGAAGUAUGACAAGGCUGUUGAGCACUAUGGUAGUGUCCUGGAUCAUUCUCCCAUUCUGUCUCCUAUGGAGACAACCUGAAAAGUUUCACCCUUGUUGAACUAAAUUUUGAUUGUUACCUACAAGCUUUCUAAUGAUAAAUUAUGUAGUGCACUUUAGUGGAACUGCCAAUGUAGUUAUUAAUCACUUUAGGACUAAUGUUGUUAUUUAUAAAUUUACAAAAUAGCAGCUGUCUUAUGAGUCAGUCUUGUAGGAUGCUGCCCUGUCACAAUGCAUGUCAAAGACAACGAGAGCUCACUGCUUGGCAUGGUUGAUGUAGAGAGGCUUUUAAUCUGUAUAGGGAAAGGGAUGGGUAUUCAUGUGUGUUUAUAAUUAGUAAUGGUUAAAAAUUAAUAAAUUCAUGUAUACAUUUGUUUAGCAAAUUACACUGUGACAGUAUCAUUUGAAAAUAAUUUUGUAGGCAGUAUUAGUUAAUUGAUACUUGUGAAGGUGGGAGCCUUGUGUUAUUCCUGGCUAAUACUUAUCUGCUCUCUGAUCUUCAGCAAGUUGCUGCUUCACCUUAGUUUCCUCUUCAGGAAAAUGGAUGCUGCCAUGCUAACCUUCUCUGGAGAUUGCCUUGAGGUCUACCAGGAAUAUACUGAAAUUGUAUACUAGUGAUAAAUCUGUAAAAAUCUGAUGUGAAACACUUGUGCUGAGGCAUCUAGCCUUCAUUUUUAGCAGAAGAAUUGUGGGAUUUGUCAUUCCUAGAGGAUGAUGUACGGGACUGUUGCUAAUGGGAGAUCCAGAGGCGACAGCUUAUUUAGAUGAAAAUUACUAAUUGUUGCCUAGUUGGAGAGGGUGAAAGAAGUUAGGAAGAAGUUUAGGAAAGUGUAGAUACAGCUGGAAGUGGCGGAACAACCAAUUAACAAAAUUGAAGUUAACGUUCCACCUUAAAAAAAUUUAAACAGUGUUAAGCACUCUCAAGAUUGACUGACUAGUGAUGCCAAUCAAACAGUGCUUUUUUUAAAAGUCGUAUUAAUAAAAAGAUAAUGAGGAAAGAAUUAGGGUCCUCAUGUAAUAAAGAAACAUACUAAACCCAAAAACAAGAGGAAUAGUUUUAUUUAAAGAUGAUAGAGUUGAAAACUGAAGUCAAGUCAGAAUGCUACCAGACACAAGGAAUGCUAUACCACAGGAGAAAUCACACUGAAUGCAUACAAUGCUCUGAAGUGACACAGUAGUUCAUACACUGAAACUAUAAAAGAGUUGAUGAAGGAAAUCACCUCACUGUUACACAUUUAACCAUGCUGCAGGUAUAGGCUGGGGUGGGGAGUAGUGAGGGGGAAGCAAAAUGCGAUAAGUACAUCUAAGAAGUAGGAGGGAAGGCAGUCAGGACUGUCUCAGAGCUGUUAGUUUGAUCUCACUAGUAUUUAAAGUUUUGUUUUAAAAAAAAAAAAUUAAAAGAGAAUAUUUGAAGUCAUGAGAUAAAAGGGAAAACUGAAUAAAAUGCAAUGCUGAUGUAUCAAAGGUAGAUUUGCCAGACGACCUUAAUGCCUGUGUGUGAUGAGAACGCAUCUUUUAAACAAAACAUAGUAGAGAUGAUCUGCCUUAAUUUCAGUAAAGCUUUUGGCAUAUUUCUCAAGGGAAACAACUUGUGUAGAUGAAGGCCAGCAGGAGGUGGCUGAGGGACCAGUUUAAGCCAAGAUGGCAACGGAUAUUGUGGAAAAGAGAGGUACUCAUCUGCAAGUAAGCUUUUGUGGAACUUGUUAAAUAUCGUCCUUUGUGGUAAAAGUGAUCCUGGGAUGCGUUGGUGGAGAUGGAAGAAACAAGUAUUUUCAUACAAGCUCAUCAGUAAUGGUUGUCCGUGUUCAAGAUGUGCUUUCUGACUGUGAGGCAGUGAUUUGAUGGCACAGCUGAGUGUGCAACUGGCGUUUGUUGUGUAAGGGUUUUUGUUGGGAGGAAGGGAGGGGAGGAAGGCUGCCUACUUGCCUCACCCUCUCUCACCCUCACCGUCUUCUGCUUGCCAGUAAGAGAUGGCCUUUUCCUCCAGAAGUGACUGCAUAGCAAAGAGGAGACUCCAGGGGUCCCAGAAGAGACCUUAUCUACUAUUAAUCAUACUUGAGCUUGCUCAUUGUUUUGAUCAGAGUUCUUUGAGAGAGAGCCUUAUGAAGCAGAGGAUUUCUUCUUAAGUCUCUGAGACCUGGUCUGUGAAAUUCUAUUUUUGUGCUCCUUUAAUCUUAAAAAAUUAUGUAAUAUCUGAGUGUUGGGGGUUGGGUAUGGCCUUCUGAUGUACUGCCUUGGUGACUUCUCUCCAGCUAGACGGUGGCAAAAUUUACUUGGUUUCUGUGAUGAUAAGAUCAACUUGUAGAAACCUGUGGUUCUGGUGAUCCUCAGUUCAGUUCUCAUUCUGAACAUCUGUAUUUUUUCUGGUCAUUCUUAGGAAAUUUUAGAUCAUGCACACUAAGACCUCUUUCUCUGAGAUCAAAAUCUGAAAAUAGAUCACAGCAGAGAACAUAAAUUAUUGCAGUUUAAUUGUCAGAUAAAGAUCUGUCAUUCUGAAAAAUAAAAAGAUUAAUUCUCUGUAAGGAAGGAUCUCGCUCUCAUGUAGCUGUGCAAGAAAGGCUUACAGCAAUGGAGAGUGAGGCGUUUGGCAGCCUUCAUGAGGAGAUAUUAGAAUUACAUGAAUUAGAAUGGGUUGUGGGAUGAAUAUUUGACUACUGAAAAUUCUACCUUUUACACGUGGACUGGAGAAAAGCUUUAACUAUUAGAUUUAAAAUAUUUGCCCUUUAGGAUGGAUGGAAAGGGCCACUGGUUGCUGGAUACUGACUUAUUUCAGCUGGUCAUGCAGAGUAACCUGUAUGAAAAAGUCUAUCAAUCAUGCUUGCUGUUAUGGCAGAGCAAUUUAGCAGUUAUACCUCAACAGGCAGGGAUGCUUCUCCAGCUGGAGCAAUUGGGUCUGCAUACAAACCUUGAGGAAUACUUUGUACUGAAUUCUUUGUACUUUCAGAGCAUUGCUUAUAUUUUAUAAAUCUUGUCCCAGCAUAUGUGAAAUUAGUAUAAAGGACUCUGUAGCUACAGUCUUGACUUUGAAAGAUGCUGCUUUUUACACCUGGAUUAAUACAUUAUGAAAAAUGAGGGGAAUAAAUAGGUGUGUAUGCAUAUGAAAUAACAUAAUAAACAGCUGUAAAUUGUUAAAAUAGCC